GCUACAAGUGAGACUAUAAAUGAGUCUUCUACUCCCAAGAUACAAGUAACUAUCCAAAUUGAUGAAGUUAGAAUUGUAAAGAAAUUAGACAAGAAAGAGAGAUUAAGUAAAGUGCGAAAAAUACUUAAAAACCACAAUGAAUUUCAAAUGACAAACAGCGUUGUUUUCACAAAAAAAAAUGGCGCUUUAAUUGUUAUUGAUGAUGAAGAACAAUUUGAAUUGGAAGAAAUAUUAGAAAAAGACAAUGAAGAAAGCUAUGUAAUCUAUUUAAAAAAAAGCCUUAAGCAUGAAUUAAAAGAUAUGUACAAGCUUGGGCACGGGCGCAUUUAUGGAGAAAACAAAGAUGACGUAAACACAGAACAAGCUUUCAUUGUUGAAGAUUGUGAAUUUGAGCUAUUCUCUUCUGGAAAAUAUCAAAUAAGAGAACAGGAAAUUUCAUCCAUUGCAGAGUUGACUCAAAAUAAAAGCUUGCUUCUAAAAGCGAAUAUAGGAAUCCAGUCCAUGAUUAAGUUAGACGCUUCGGUAGAAAAAGAAAAGACUCACCAGAAUCAUUGUGAAAUGUCCUCAAAAAUACAAUUUAGGAAUUGUGCUAAAGCAAGAAUGAUCAUUAAAGAGCACCAUCUUAAGUCUACCACAAAUUUUGAGGAUUCAGUAAGAGAAGCUAUUAAAUCAAAAAAUCCAAUAAUGUUAAAAGACAUUUUAAAAAAAUUUGGUCAUUUUAUUCCCACUGUCAUCCUAUUUGGCGGCAGAUUUGAUUACAAAGAUGUAACAUAUAAGAUCGGAAAUUCACGAAAAAAGAAGAACGGAUUUUCAACAGCCUUUGAUGCAAACGGACAAGGCUUGGGACUUCAAUACCAAUCGGAUAAUAAUUUUAAUGAAGAAAACAUGAUAAGGGAACAAGUCUCAAUUAUUUUUGGCGAUGAAGAAGAUUGGAUAUCUUCAUUAACAGAUUCUAAGUAUUGGGAACCGAUAGAAUUUCAAUAUCCAAAAUGCAUAUUUGAACUUCUGGAUAAGGAAUUAAAAGAUGAUGUUUUUAAAAUACUCGGAAAAAUGGUUAUUUACUCUAAUGUUAUGGAACGUUCUAUCGAUGUGGAUGUGAAUGACCCCUAUAAACCAAUGUUAGUUGAUUUGGAAAUUCCUGAUAAUAUAAAUGAAGUUCUCUCAAAUUCGGAUAUUGAUUCUCAAGUUUUCGCCACGAUACAUAACAUGGAAGAUAAUAAUGAUGUAUUCGCUUUCCGACUAUAUAUUCCAAAUCGUUCACACUCCCUUAUUACAAAGAUGAUAGGUUGGAUAGUUAUUGGAUAUAAUCCAACUUUAGAUCCUAAAUUUUUGAAUUUUAAUAUUUGUGUUCAAAGCUCUAGUAUCAAAAUUGUUCAAAGUUCUAAUAACAAAAUUGUUCAAAGUUCUAGUAACAAAAUAGAACCUAUUAACAUAAUCGAGGAUGAUAAACUAGUGGUACAUGGGAUACCUUCAGUAUUUGACUUAAAUUCCGAUUAUUUGGUCAUCGGACAUCAUUUUAGUCGAUGCAAUAUUGAAAAAAAACUUUAUACGUGUCUUUAUGGAUAUCAUUUGAAAGACAAGAUAUAUUCUACUUUACCCGACUUUGAAUUCAAUACACUCUCUUUAAUCGAGCAUCAAGAUGAAAAAAUAUUCCAACGUCGUAAAAUUGACAAAAAAACGCUCGAGAAAAAUAAAUUCUAUAAAGUACUUGCCAAAAUAGUUAAAGACACCAAAAAAGCCAAAGAAUCAAAAUUUCCCGAAUUUUAUGAUUUAUAUUCAAAUUAUGAAAAUCGGUGUGAGAAAGAGAAAUGUCAUCCACGAUUUAUUGGUAAAAAAACAACUGGCAACUUUGUUCUCGAACAGCCUGAAUGUGAUGGUAGAUCUGACCAAAAAGCUUGUGAUUAUUUUCAUGCGUCAAUUUUUAAUAUUGAAGCUGCUAAAAAAAAGCCAAUUAUUCUUGGGCAUCAUUAA